AUGAGCCGCACGCUCACAGAGGCAGAAAGAGCAUUGGAUCACGAGCUGGCCCUGCUAUUGACUCACGCAUUGCGCCUCACCAUAUUGCCUUGGUAUAGCAAAUUAACGCCCGACAGAGAACUUUUCUCCCUCGUAACACUCUCUACUCGCUCCAUACUCUGCCAUCUCGCACAAGUCUUCUCUCAAGGUGCCAACAAGCAAGCUCUGAGGCAAUUAUGGACGCAGCAUCUACCUCAUCUGCUCAAAGAGCACAUUGCAAACACCCGCUUUGCGCAGCGAGAGGUGCAAAGGGUUGGACAAGCAUCAGUGCUGGCUCAGACUUUUCUUGAGAAGUACCCGCACGUGGCCCUCUCCACGAGCAGUUCGAACGGAUCGUGUCUCCAUGUCCACGUCGAUUCGACCUACUUGGCCGUACUAUUGGAGCAUUUUCUUGAUGCUGUGAUUCCUACAGAACAUUUGGAGAGCGAUUGCGAGCGAUACUUGCUCAGGGACUUGCUUAUGGCCGUGCUGAGCGGGGCUAUCCUGCAAAGGACCAUUCAACCAUGGUUCUUGGUCCAGUCUUUUCACAAAUGGCUGGACAGUCGGGAAACGCAUACGAGCGCUCCACCGCAGCACAAACCAGUGAGCGACGAGGGAAUAUUCAGCUCAUCGUAGCUUGUGAUGUUGUUUGGAAUUCAACGACUUGCGCCUUGCGACUCGAGGCCGAGUAUGCUGACUUGGCAUGUCUGUCCGCUUCGACGCCGCCCCUUCGCAGAAUCAACUUGCCCUCUGGCAAUCCGUUGCUGCUCAUCUACGCGUCUCCCUUUCCCUGCUCGUCUCUCUGCUGAGCUCGACGUUCCUCGCAGUACUCAGAGCAUACUUUGAUCUAUUCGACGUCUCCUUCAUCGCUCCCCCCUACGCACACGGUGCGCGCACGAGAGCAGUAGCAGCGCGUCAAGGGGGCAAAAAGGCGGCAUCUGCUCGGACCUCUUUAGAUUGCAACGAUGACCGUGUGCCCAGCCGAGACCGGUCAUCUCUUGUCAGCUCAGCAGAAACCGGUAGAAGCGCUGAAAAAAGAGGCAAUCGAUCUGCUAAAAGCUGCAGCAUGGCGGCAUGGGUGGACCUCUUUGAAAUGCUGCUCGACACUUCCAGCCGCAUCUGUUCUCGUCUCUCCAUGACCUUGCUUCACCUGCUCCUCGAUCUUGGUCUCUCGGACGCGAUUGAGGACAAGCUUUCGAGAGCGGUCUUUUCAGCUUUGGAUCCUGAGCAAUUGGCGAAGAUUGUGCCUUCACUUCGAGAAGCUAUGUUUCCAGAUGGCAAGUCAGGUCCGCCCGCUCCGCCUGCGCCUGCGCCGGACCAAGCAGAGCAAGAAGAAGAGUACGAGCGAUUGGUCGUCAGACUUGCAGGGUCGAUUCCGAGUGAGCCGCGUCCUUGUGCUCGUGUGAUGGAGCAGAGGCAGGGAGCUUGGCUGAUCGACUUUGGUCCCGUUCCAACUAUGCGCAAUGCAUUGUAGCCAUGGCGCGUAUGGCUCUUCUAGGUCCCGACGAACGAUCGCAGCUCGACACGCUACACGAAGCUUUCGGACCUUUUUUGGCUCCACCGCUGCAGAUUCCAACAAAGGGCGACGAUCACGCACCAUCCCACAAAAACGAUUCGCUCUCGGAAUUGGCAAAUUGCUCUACACUUCUUCGCAUUUUGGAGCAAUUACUGCUCGUCUUGCGGCUCGAGCCUUGCCUACAACCGUCAUGA